AUGAGUGGCGAGGAAGAAAAAAUCGGGGAAGGCAAAUCUGACGACUCAAAAAAAGAACCUGAGACAUGCACCAUAUGCUUAGAGAUCCCAACAAAUCCCGUCAAACUCGGGUGCGGCCAUUCAUUCUGCGGUGAUUGUCUUGAUCAAAAUAAUAAAAAAGGCCAACAAAAAUGUCCAAAUUGCGGGAAAGUUUAUGGAGUAAUAAGAGGCAAUCAACCAGAUGGUUGCAUGACAGUUAAACAUCUUCACACUCUGCACUUGCCCAGUUACGAAAGAUGUGGCAUCAUAGAGAUUUUGUACUCAUUCCCUAGUGGAAAACAAGGGGAAAAUCAUCCAAACCCAGGUAAACCUUUCAAAGGCACGCAUAGAACUGCAUACCUACCAGACAACAAGGAGGGCAAUGAAGUAUUGGAAUUGUUUCAAAAAGCCUUUGACAAACGUCUUUUAUUCACAAUAGGAAGGUCUGUAACUACAGGACGGAAUGAUGUCGUAGUUUGGAAUGACGUCCAUCAGAAAACUUCACUUUAUGCCGGAGAGUAUGGAUAUCCAGACCCAACGUAUUUUGAUCGUGUCAAAAAAGAGUUGGCUGACAAAGGAAUUGAAUAA